AUCUUAUGGUCAAUACACCAACUGGAUCACUUUUCACGAAUGCUAUGGCUACAAUUACUUGGUCAAUAUCUGGAGCUGCACCCACGAUGGCAGCAAUUUUAAGUGUACGUAAUAAAGCAACAAAUGAAGAUGUCGUGAUAGACAGCGCACUAGAUCUUAACAAAUUAAGUAAACAAUGGCAAGUGAAUGUUCCUCCAGGAGACUAUAUAUUUGUUAUUAAUGAUGGUAGUGGUGAAAAAUUUUCUGGUACAUUUAAAGUGAUUGCUGGAGUUCAAUUUCCUAGCAAUAAUUCACCUGCUGGUAACAGUGCUCCUUCACCAGGUUUAUCAGGUUCACAACCUACAAAGCCUAUAGGUUCAACUAAUACUACUGCAAAAGCCAAAGCAAGUUCGGCUUCUACGAUUUCUACAAGUUUCUUCGGUUUAGUUGGUGUUAUUGUAUUUGCAUUGGUUCAAUUUGUCUAG